CCGACUGGCGGCUUCGCAUCCGUGAGUGAAGCAGUCCUGGAUCCAACCCAUCUUUCGAAUCAAAGCUCCAUUCUAUUGCUCCUGUUGUUGUUUGUCUUUUUUGAGUAGCAGAGCUUCAAUCAAUCAUCAUUCCACCAUGACGACCAGCCGCACCGAAAAAGUGUAUGUGUUAUUUGGUUCUCAGACGGGCAAUUCGGAAGAAUAUGCCAAGACGUUUGCCGACGAAUUGCCCGACAAGUUGAGCCCUGCUGCCAUUCAAAAACUAACGGGAAACUCGGAUGUGGAAAUCACGCUGCAACCAAAGACGAUGCAAUUGGAUGAUUUUUUGGAAAUUCAAAAAGCCGAUUGGACUCGUUUGGUGGUCAUUUUCGUGUCAUCCUAUGGUGUGGGGCAAGCUCCCUUGGGAUGUUAUCGAUUCCGAGAUCUCUGCGAUGCGUGGAAGGACCGCAAUGCUGCGAACGUAUUAGAUGGUGUCCACUAUGCUCUGUGUGGAUUGGGUGAUUCCUCGUACACGACAUUUUUUGAGAACCCCACCAAAUUGGACCAAGCCAUGACGCAGGUGGGUGCCACACGUGUGGGAACCCUCGCCAAGGUCGAUGCCCAAGGGACCGGGGAUGAUGCACAAGCACCCGUCAUGGAACGUUGGAAAGAAGGACUCUGGAAAUCGUUGGCGGAAGUAGUCGUCACAACACCUCCCUCUCCAGAACAACUCCAACAAAUGCAACAAACCACAAUCGAAUUGUGUCUCGAAAUCAAUCCGGAAUUUGAAAUGCCCGAAACGGCCACCUCCACAGAGGCUUCAUCCAAUAAGGGUGGCAAAACAGAUUUGAUGACCAUGUUGAUUGUGCCACUGGUCUUGGCACUGGUGGCUCAGGUGGUCUACUAUUUCUACUCCACGCAAUAAAUAUCAAUCUGUAGAGUAAAGUUUCAGUUUAUCAAGGUGACAAUCCCCCAAAAUUGAUGCCUCCAUUGAUGCUGUAUGGUUGGUUUGGGCACCAAAGUUCAAUCUAUUUCAUGUUGCCCUACGACAAUCUCAGAAACCUCUUUAGCCACUCUUUGUACUACUACGGCUGGAGAACUACUAGCUAGCUACAAAAGGUUGGGACAAACAAGUAAAAGUGAUGUCAUUACCUUCCCUAAUACUAGUAGAACCCGGCUACAACGUUACCCCAAAUCUCAGAUCGUAUGCCACAGACCAUUGACUGCAAAAGUAGCUAAGGGAGUGAAUCAAUUUAUCCUAACGAAGGCCAAGAAAUGGGGGGUUUAACCAUGAUUCUACACCGGGAAAAAGGAAACAGGCUUGGUGGGAAUUCUCUACUGCCGGCGCGGCAACACCAGAGAUCUGUUAGAGGGAAAACACAAACUGAACUGGAGCUCAUCUCCAUGGCCAGCGAUAGCUAUUGCAGCCGUCGUUGGCACAAAAAGAACACUUGUCAAGAGACGAUGAGCAAUGACGAUUGAAUUCAAAAGCACGACGAGCAGCUUCAUCUUUGGAAGUCAUGAAUGUGAACUUAUCGAAUACAAAUUGCCAGACUCUCUUGGCUUCUUGGAUG